CUCUUGUGCUGCGCAGAUGGGGAAUUGCGCUGUGAUAUUCGCACAAGCUGAUCUCUCACGUGACUGAUAACGAGGUGUUUGCACUGUUUGUCUCAGAAUUUCCAACCAUCUCGAGAUACGCCGCACGGAGUGAAGCUCUCAGCAGGAUCAAUUCAAGCCUUGACCUACGUUUCAGAUUGAUUCUCUUAUCAUGGAUCGCAAUGGGGCAGGCCAUGGAGUCCCGCCAGCCAAGCGACAGAGAACUGGGCACUUUCAACACGAUCAUGAUCAAAUGUGGCAUCGAGAGCAGCUUGUGAAGUCGGGCCUUGCACAACAGACUGGAAUUCAACAUGCGCACAAUCUUGCUGAAGACCAAGAGGACACUCGAGUACAUCUGAGUGUCCACGAGCUUCGACCUCCCUUCCUCGAUGGCCGCACGAUCUUCACCACCCAGCUGGACCCGAUUUCCGCCAUUCGAGAUCCCCAGAGUGACAUGGCUGUCUUCAGUAGGAAGGGAAGCAAGGUUGUGCGGGAACGUCGACAGCAGCGGGAGCGGCAGAGGCAAGCCCAGGAUGCGACGACGAUGGCGGGUACCACGCUAGGAAAUCUUAUGGGCGUCAAGGAGGAGGAGGAAGGUGACAGUGCGGUCGCUGCACCGGUUGAAGAGGUCUACAAGCGGGGAGGAAACAAGUUUGCUCAGCACCUCAAGAAGGAUGAAGGCGGGUCGAGUUCGUUUAGCAAGAGCAAGACUUUGCGCGAACAAAGAGAGUAUCUUCCUGCCUUUGCAGUGCGUGAAGAUCUUCUGCGCGUGAUUCGGGAUAAUCAAGUCGUUGUUGUCGUGGGUGAAACGGGCUCUGGAAAAACGACACAGCUAACUCAGUUCCUGCAUGAAGAUGGCUACUCAAAGUUGGGCAUGAUUGGAUGUACACAGCCUCGUCGUGUGGCAGCUAUGAGUGUCGCGAAGCGUGUCAGUGAAGAGAUGGAGGUGGACCUUGGUGAUCUCGUCGGAUAUGCUAUUCGAUUUGAGGACUGUACCAGCGAUAAAACUGUAAUCAAGUACAUGACGGACGGUGUCCUGCUCCGAGAGUCUUUGGCACAGGCGGAUUUGGAUAAAUACUCCUGCAUCAUCAUGGAUGAAGCACACGAGAGAGGCCUAAAUACGGACGUCUUGAUGGGUCUUCUUAAAAAGGUUCUUGCUCGACGAAGAGAUCUCAAAUUGAUUGUCACAUCGGCCACGAUGAAUUCAGAGCGCUUCUCGCGCUUUUUCGGUGGAGCGCCAGAGUUCAUCAUUCCUGGCAGAACAUUCCCCGUGGACCUUCACUUCUCCCGGUCCCCAUGUGAAGAUUACGUCGACAGUGCGGUCAAGCAGGUCUUGACCAUCCAUGUCUCGCAGGGCCCUGGCGAUAUUCUAGUUUUCAUGACUGGACAAGAAGAUAUUGAAGCAACUUGCGAGCUCAUUGAAGAACGAUUGAAUCUGCUCAACGAUCCGCCAAAACUCAGUAUCUUGCCAAUUUACAGUCAACUGCCGGCAGAGCAACAGGCAAAGGUCUUUGAGAGGGCAGAAAAUGGGGUUCGCAAGGUCAUUGUGGCCACCAACAUUGCCGAAACCAGUCUGACUAUUGACGGAAUCAUGUACGUUGUGGAUCCAGGAUACUCCAAGCUCAAGACGUACAACCCCAAAAUGGGCAUGGACAGUCUUCAAAUCACCCCGAUCUCCCAGGCCAAUGCCAAUCAGCGAUCUGGCCGUGCCGGACGAACUGGUCCCGGAAAAGCUUAUCGCUUGUACACCGAGUCGGCCUUUAAGAAUGAGCUUUACAUGCAGACAAUCCCAGAAAUUCAACGUACAAGUCUUGCAAACACAGUGUUGCUGCUGAAGUCUCUUGGCGUUAAGGAUCUUCUUGAGUUCGACUUUAUGGAUCCCCCUUCGCAAGAGGUCAUGUCUACCUCCCUGUUCGAACUCUGGGCUCUUGGAGCUCUGGACAACCUGGGUGAACUUACCCAACUGGGCCGCCGCAUGACACCCUUCCCCGCUGAUCCGGCGCUUGCCAAACUUAUCAUAAUGGCUUCCGAGGUGUACGGUUGCAGUGAGGAAAUGCUGACCAUCGUGUCCAUGCUCACAGUCCCCCAUGUCUUCUACCGACCGAGGGAACGCGAGGAAGAGGCCGACUCAGCGCAUGAAAAGUUCUAUGUUCAUGAAUCGGACCAUCUAACUCUACUCCAUGUCUUUACACAGUGGAAGGCUAAUGGUUGCUCCGACCGCUGGUGUACGCGGCACUUCCUUCAUGCGAAAAACUUGAGACAGGCCAAGGAAGUCCGUGAUCAAUUCCAAGAUAUUAUGACACAGCAAAAGAUGCCACUUGUCAGCUGCGGCACGGACUGGGAUGUUAUUCGCAAGUGCAUUUGCUCCGGCUUCUAUCACCAAGCGGCGCGACGAGGAGGUGGCAGUGGCAGUGAAAAAGAAUACCUCAAUCUUCGCACCAGUGUAUCUAUGUACCUGCAAAGGUCAAGUGCCCUAUCCGGGCUGAGUGAUGCGCCUCCAUUCGUUGUCUACCACGAGUUGAGGAUGACAGCCAGAGAGUACAUGUCUGUUGUGACGGCCGUCGAACCUGAGUGGCUUGCCGACCUCGGUGGUGUCUUCUAUUCCAUGAAAGAGAAAGGCUACUCUCAGCGUGACCGUCGCAUCAAAGAGCGAGAAAUCAAUAAAAGCAUGCAGAUCCAGCAAGAGAUGGCAGAUGCUCGUGCGAUUGCUUCUCGGGCUAAAGAGGCCGAGAAAGAAGUUGAUUCUACACGACGCAAGACCGAGAUCGAAGUUGGGGGAGCCCGGUCGGUUGUGCGUCGGCCUGCUGUUAUCAAGGGUGGCAAAAGGCCGAUUGGCGGGGUGACUGCUUCCUCAUCUCCCUCCCCUCGGCCUGAUGCUGGAAGCAAUGGCUCCGGAGGCAGUGUGGUGAAGAAGCCUAUCGGCCGGAGGAGGCCAGGACAAUUUUAAGGCAAUCGUCUGAUGGUAUUGGCUUGCACGACAUGCUGUUCACAUACAGCCGUACCAAAUCCAUACAAAUCACUUUUAGAAGCCUGGACUUCUGUUGCAAGCAUCCAGAGUCAUUGAAUAAGAUACCCAUCAUUCCAUCUCAACCCUUCUUCCACGAUCUACGUGUUGUUUAAUCGACCAGUGCAGUGCCAUUCUUCGAAACUCCAUGAUUCGCAUUGGUAUUUUAUACAAAAAGAGAUCAUUUAAAUUGGAAUUUCAGAGUCGGCAGAGACACAGCAGUAUACAUCUGCGAUUGGCGCUUAAGAAACCAGAACCAAGUUGAGCAUCAGAUAUCGAGGUUGUCCUGCCCUUUGUCGAACGGACCAGCGCCAGAAAAAGCGAAGAGCGAGUAUCUUAAUGCGAUGAAAAGGCCGAGUGAUUUAGUUGAUGAAGUUGAUGCAGAAGAAGUGUAGAAUCAGACUUCCAAAGAUAUAAUCGGCAAAAGCUCUAUUUAGUAAAAUCAGUACCCCGAGUCAGAACGAUCCAAAAACCAGUUCCGCGAUUAACUCACCUCUCGUGCGAGGUACCAGAGCCCUGAUU